UUUCCGGUGGGGUCCGGCCCGGCGGCGGCGGGAUGGGACGAGGCGGGAGCGGAGAGGCUGCUCCCGGCACCGCUGCCUAGACCCGUGCCGGCGUCCUGCGGCUCCUGCACCAUGGUGUCCGUCACGAUGGCGACAUCCGAAUGGAUUCAGUUUUUCAAGGAAGCCGGGAUCCCCCCGGGCCCCGCCGUCAACUACGCUGUCAUGUUUGUGGAUAACAGGAUCCAGAAGAACAUGUUGAUGGAUCUGAACAAGGAGAUCAUGAAUGAACUGGGCAUCACAGUGGUGGGAGACAUCAUCGCCAUCCUCAAACACGCCAAAAUCGUGUACAGGCAGGAGAUGUGCAAGGCAGCCACCGAAUUGCUCUGCCCCGGCUCCCCCGGCGUUCAAGCCGAGCUGCGCCGCAACGCCAGCAGCGCCGCCAGCCGGAUGAUCGCCAACAGCUUGAGCAGAGACUCGCCUCCUGCCGCCCCCCUCCGACAACGGCCCCACGCCUCCAAAAUCUCCGUCACCGUCUCCAACAAACUGGCCGCUGCGAAGGCAGGUUUCUGCGAAACGGCAGACGAAAAUCCAACGAUCCCGGUAAAACGCCGCCGGGUGACGGCGGAAAUGGAAGGGAAAUACAUCAUCAACAUGCCCAAGGGCACCACGCCGAGGACAAAGAAAAUCCUGGAGCAGCAAGCAGCCAAAGGUCUGCAGAGGACAUCCGUCUUCGACCGGCUGGGAGCCGAGGCAAAAGCGGAUACGACCACGGGAGGGAAGCCCACGGGGGUCUUCAGCAGACUGGGUGACGCUUUGGGGACCGUUGGGGACAAAGCCACCGAGAGCGACGACGACUGCUCCGUUCUCCAGUACGCCGGCGUGUUAAAAAAACUCACCAAACCUCCCCGUAAGGAAAGCGCCGAACCGGGAGAGACCGCCGUCGCGACGAAAGCCGCUGGUUCGGAAGCCAAACCGGUCACCGUCACCGCCGCCGUCCAGCGUCUCGGUCACAGGAACGUCGCCGGUAUCCGUAUGACGGUGAAACCGCAACCGGCGGCAUCCAAAAUCGGCGGCGCGGCGCCGGUUGAACCCCAGGACGGCGUCGUCACCAGCACGAAGGAUAAAAACGAACCCGAAUUUCGGGUGACGAUCAAAAGGACCUGGGGGUGCGGGAAGGUGAGCAGCACCAGCGACACUCCCGGUGCUCAGAUGGACAACGCCGGCGCCGUUAGCGUCUUUAAACGGUUGGGGAAGAAACCGGAUUGAUCCCGAAACGCAUCUUCCCACACCGGACAGGUCGUGCCGACGGUUUUCCGCUUAUCCCGUCCCCGUUAAUUCACUUAAAAAACCGGCAGAUUCUCGUCCUGCCUUCCUCCUCGCUAAUCCCGCGGGGAAAACCGACGCUUAAUCCCACGUGGAGACGCUUAAUCCCGUAGGGAAAAGCUUAAUCCUGCAGGGAAACACUAAUCCCACAGGAAAACAGCGGAGGGAAGGGGGGGGGAAAAAGCUUUUCCCGACAGAUUUCCUGCCUGGUGGGCAUCCCUGCCUGCAAAACUGGCAGGCGCGAGGCCAAAUCGUCGCUCUCCAUCUCCUACCAGCACCAAAACCUUUAUUUUUUCCCCUAUUUUUCCCUCCUCUGCAGGUUCUUUCCUGUAUUUAGGAAUUCAGACCUGGAAAACUCCACACAGAGAGAGAGGUACUCCCUAUUCUUUUUUUUUUUUCUCCUUCUCCGCAGGGUUUUUUUCCCCCCCCUGUAUUUAGGAAUUUGCACCAAAAUCACUACGGAGCAGCGGCUUGCUGCCGGGAUUCUUAAUUUCUAAGGAUUUCAGAGCAGCCUCAAAAAAAAAACCCCCACAACAAAAACCCCAAAAGCUUCAAAAAAAACCCCACCCAACCAACACUCGGGACUCAAAAAAUUCCCCGAAUUGCCUUAAUUUAAGCGACACCUUCAAUCCGCCGCCUUUAGGCUUGAACUCGUCCCGCUGCGAAACCUGAAACGGCCGCUGUGGGGUUUUACUGAAAUUAUUUAUUCCCCCCCCCCCAAAAUUUGUUGCCUCCUAAAUUUAUUUCUGAUGACAUCACCGGCGGGGGGGGUGUCAGGCAUCGCUGCAAACCCUGAAAAAGACUUUUUUCUCCCCAAAAUAACGACAAAACGGGGACGGAGGCAGCUGUGUGGUGUGUCGGGGCCGUAACGGUGAGUGUUUUUAAUACGAAAAACCACUAAUUUUGUUAUUUUACGCUGUUUUGGGAGGUUUUCUUUGUGCUUCGGGCCUCGUUUGGUGUGUGAAAAUGAGUGCGGUUUCCCAAAUUUUGGCUUUUUGCAUCGCUGCCGGCCCUCCCCCCCAGGGGAGCCGCUUUUUUUUUUUUUUUUUUUUUUUUUUUUUUUCAAUAAAGCGUGGAAAUGGC